AUGUACUAUGAUGGUGAUACCUGGUCAAAAAUUAUUCGAAAAAGUGAUUCCAAAGGCUGUUAUUCAAAUAUCUAUCUAUCUAUCUAUCUAUCUAUCUAUCUAUCUAUCUAUCUAUUAAGUUCUUUUCGUAUCUAUCUAUUAAUUAUUUUCAUAUCUAUCUAUCUAUCUAUUAAGUUAUUUUCAUAUUUAUCUAUCUAUGUCUAUAUAUAUAUAUAUAUAUAUAUAUAUAUAUAUAUAUAUAUAUAUAUAUAUUUAAUUCUUUUCAUAUCUAUCUAUCUAUCUAUCUAUCUAUCUAUCUAUGUGAAUUCGUUUCCAUCUAUCUAUCUAUCCAUUUAUUUUUUUUCAUAUCUAUCUAUCUAUCUACGUCUAUUUCUUUCUUUUCAUAUCUAUCUAUCUAUCUAUCUAUCUAUCUAUCUAUCUAUCAUCUAUUUAUCGAUUUCAUUCUUUUCAUAUCUAUCUAUCUAUCUAUUUCUAUCUAUCUAUUUCGUUCUUUUCAUAUCUAUCUAUGUAUCUAUCCAUCUAUAUAUCGAUUUAAUUAUUUUCAUUCCUAUCUAUCUAUCUAUCUAUCUAUCUAUCUAUCUAUCUAUCUAUCUAUCUCAGUCUCUUCCUGGCUCAGAUGUUUGA